GCAGGGAUUGCACUCACGCUUUGGAAUGUGCUCGGCGGAGGCCACAUCCGGUCUGACGAGGAAGAAGAGCGUCGUCGACAGACUGGCGAGAAAGGGCGGACUGCGCUGAGCGGUUGGGAGCGGACGCCGAACGAGAAGAAGAUGUGUGAUGCGCUCUCUGUUGUCGCCAAGGAGGUGGGCACGGAGCAUGUCCAGGCUGUCGCGAUCGCGUACACGAUGCACAAGGCGCCAUUCGUCUUCCCGAUCGUGGGUGGACGCAAGGUCGAGCAUCUGCAGGCGAACAUCGAGGCGCUGAGUGUGCGGCUGAGCGAGAAGCAGAUCCAGUACCUGAAUGGCAUCCUUCCGUUCGACAAGGGCUUCCCGAACAAUGUCAUUGGAGAGUAUGGGACGUAUCCGUUCUUGUUGACGUCGUAUGCGACGUAUGAUCUGCAGCCCUUGCUACCGCCUGUUCUUCCCUCUGCAGACUAG